AGUAUGCAAGUACGUCACCGCCCGCAAUCGGCGAAAUCAAAACACAACAAUCCCUGCGACCGCCUGGACCUGGCCUGGACUUGAUUUGGUUUCGCUGCCAGUAAAAAGAUUUUAAUUUCGAGGGAAAUGAGUGCUGAAAAUGGAAUCAAUGUUCAGGAAAUUUUUGCAAGGAUCAUUGACGAACAAAGAGCAGAAAAGAAAACCACUGACAACUCUGAAGAUGAUACUGUCUACGCGACUGCUGCAAUCGAAGCACUAGUUGAAGUCAUCGAAAAGAGCCGUGUAACAACUCUUAGGGAAGUCCUGGAGCUGUUGCGUCGAUCAGCAACAGAAAUUUUCUUUGCUGACAGUUGCUACGCGAAGAAAAAUUCCCCAGAGAAGAAAUAUGGUCCUGCAAGUCUGAGUCCACUCUCUGUAAUUUCGGCUUGUGAGUUGUUUGGCCUCUUUAUCACCCUAUCAAAGGGUGCCUUGGAAAAUCCCGACAUGGACAAGUGUUUGGAAAUCAUCAGAGAACGAGCCCGACACUUCCUCAAAUCUUUGAAAGACGGCAGGGACAGACUUCCGCAGUUCUUCCUUCCAACAUUGCGGAACGGAGGGACCUAUAUGACAUACUCGCUAUCAAGUACGGUGAUCAGGACCCUGAGCCAGGCAGCAGAAAAAGACUUAUUCAUUACGAUUUACGUUGCUGCUGGUGCACCGCACAACAAAGGGGAGCUGAUGGCGAAACAGUUACGACAACUUUCUGCAAAGCAUCGGAACUUCAUCACUGUGCACGUGAUCCCGGACAAAGCGGUCCCUAUUGAAAUGGAGAAGGUGGAUGGAGUGAUUGUAGGCGCCGAGAGUGUGACUUCGAACGGAGGCAUCCUCAACCACGCAGGCACCUUCAACCUCGGCCUCGCAGCAGCCCAUUUCAAGAAGCCAGUCUUUGUGCUGGCAGAGAGCUACAAGUUCAUGCAAAUGUACCCCAUAGACCAAUCGGAUGUCCCAGGAGAAUUGGAGCGUUAUAUUUCCAACCGAACUGGAACUGAAAUCCGAGUUGAACCUUACACCUUGGACUAUACCCCUCCAGAGUACAUUUCAAUGAUCUACACAGACGCCGGUGCCUUCACGACUGCCGCCGUUAGCGAACGACUGCUUGAGCUAUACAUUUAAAAGGAGUCGCACGACCUCUUCCCUAGGCAGUACUCCGUGGAACCAAUCCUGUUCUCCUAAGCCUCUAGCGCCAGGAACGCCCUGAAAAUGGAAUAAUAAGUACACCGCUCGCAUAAUUGUAACCAGGGUUAAUCAAAAGUGCAACGUAAAAACAAAAUCGUACUUCUGCCUUAA